AUGACAGAAGAGUUAAUGACCUUCAUCCCCAACGAAGUCAAGGAGAUUCUAGGGCAGCGCUGGUAUAUCGACCUCCAGAGUCUCGUCGGGUUAGAGAAGAUUCCUGUUUGCAAGCCUGACACCGAGCCUGGUGUCUACCUCGGCAUUGGUGUGCCGAAAGUCGAGGAGCAUCUCCACCGCGGUCCUGGUGCUGAGGUCCGCGUGUUGGCACACCUUAGGUAG